CCCCCCCCCCCCCCCAAGAAACAAGUGACUGUGUAUGCUAAAAUAAAUAUGAUGUGCCAGUGAACAUAGCCAUUAUUCAACAAUCUUCAAAAAUGAUCAUAAUUACUAUUUUACUUCUACACCUACAGUUAAUAAGCCUACAUUGUUUGCCUAAUAUUGAACUACAUGAAUACCAGAAUCAAGACAUCAACAAAACUUGCUCAAAUGCACUAAUAGCUGAGAAAGAAAAUGUACUUUUUCAUGGUUCAGUGAAAUUCUCUUCUGAUUCUCACUUCUGGAACUCACUUCUUACUAUACAGUAUAACCAUUCAUCCACCAAUUAUGAAUUCAAACAUAUGUGUUCAGUUGACACAAGCACUAAAGAUUCAGUGGUUUCAACUAACGGAUGCUAUUGUUACAGUUGUUCCAAUGAAAAUUUUAAACAGUUUAUAAUAACAAAAAUAGCAAAAUUAGAGUACAGUCAAGCUGAGAUAAGGGCGGCAUUGCAUUCAACAAAUGGUGAUAUUAUCUACAGCCCAACGCGCAAACUGCCUUUAAUUACUAAUUCCGGAUUAGAUAACACCAGCAAAGUGGAAGAUGAUGGUGACUGUGUAGUAACAUGCAAUUCAACAUUUUCCAUAGUUCGAUUGUGCUGUUAUGGGUCAUGCAAGCCUGUCAUUUACAACAAUGGAGUGAAAUUAAAUAAUUCUGUUGGUAAAUGUACAGAGUUGGUGUAUAAACCUUUUGAAAAAUUUAAUUUGACCUUUGUAUUUAAAGAUCAAAGUGCAUCUUAUAAACCAAUCAUCAAAUCAUGCAUCAAUGAAUAUACAGUGGAGGAGCUCAAACUAUUAAAUGAUGUCACAUUUGGUCAAGGGCAAAAGCCCAAAUUAUAA